AUGGCAGGAACAGAACUUCAAGAAAUCUCACAUGGAGAACAAGAAGUUGAAAUUCAUGGAGAUGUACUGGAAACAAUACUAUCAUGCGUGCCACUCAUCGAUUUGGUUCCGGCCUCUAGUGUUUCCAAGUCGUGGUGCUCCGCCGUGGCCUCCUCACUCCGCCGCCUCAAAAAGCCGAAGCCAUGGUUGAUCCUCCAUUCCAAUCAGUGGAUCAAAAUAUCCAAGCCGUCUUUGGAUUUCAUCUCGGUACUCAAAUCGUCUCAAUCCAAUUUCCUUUAUAUGCUUUCGCAUUCAAAGUUUUCAUUCUCGUUUGAUCCGUUGAAUUCGAGAUGGUAUCACGUGGAUCAUCCGCUCGUGUGGCGGACGGAUCCGAUUGUUGCACGUGUGGACGAUUCCGUGGUGGUUGCCGGCGGCGUUUGUCAAUUUGAGGACGAUCCGUUGGCGGUUGAAAUGUAUGACUUCAAUACACGAGCGUGGUGCACGUGCGAGUCCAUGCCAGGGAGUUUGAAGGAGUCGGCGGAGUCAGCUUUGCUUUCAAUUGCGACUACAAAGGGGAAACUGAUUUUUACAGAGAAACAAACCGGUGUGACUCACUGGUUUGACUCGGGAACGAAAUCAUGGUCCGGGCCGUAUAAUCUGAAUCCGGGUCAACCCCUCGUGAAUUAUAAUAUUGCGUCCUUUAAUGGCGAUUUGAUUUUGGUAGGUUUGUGUAAAAACGUUGAACGAUUCAAGAUUUGGAAAAUGGGCACUGAAAAUUUUUACUUCGAAGAGAUUGGAGAAAUGCCCAUGGCGUUUGUUGAGAAAUUAAAGAGUGAAUCUUUUGGAUUCUCUUCUAUUAAUGUUCUUGUGGGGAAGAAUUUAGUGUACAUGUACAAUUCAUGGAAGGUGGAGGAGGUAGUGGCUUGUGAACUGAUAUGCGGUGAAGGCAGCAGCGUUGAAGGUUGCAGGUGGUGGGGCGUAGAAAAUGUGGUGGCGCGUGAGGAAAUGUUGAAGAAUAGGUUGGUUUUCACAUGCUCUGAAGUUGGUUUUGAUGAGUUGCAGCGAGUCACGAGGACGGACAACUGGAAAUUUGAGGUGAAAUUGAAAAUUGAAGGUCAACCUCCUCUCAAAAAUAAUAAAACUUGUUUUCCAUCUUUUGAGAAGGAAAAGUCAAAGCUUGAAUACACCUUGAAAAAGAGGAAGCCCGACAAGUUAGCAAAAUCUGAAGAGUCAGACGAAAAGAAAAUGAGUUCAAACAAAGACACACCCCCUAGGAGGGUAAGAAAAAACGCGAAUGUGCCUCCUCCACCCGCUACCCCAACAGCUCGGCAAAGACUCCACCACCACCAAAGAAGAGGUGGAAGGUGGGCAACGGCACGACUGUCAAGAGAAAUGGCUACCAUGGCGGCCAACAUGAGAGAUAUUCUGACCCACUGA